AUGGAUUUAUCAUCAUACUACUCAUACGACAAUAUUGUCCCAUCAUUUAGACUAGAUGGAAGACUAGCCAUCUUGACUGGUGGUUCAGGUGGAUUGGCAGCUAUUGUUGCUAGAGCUUUACUCGCACAAGGUGCCGAUAUCGCUCUUAUUGAUGUCAAUUUAGAAAGAACACAACAAGCAGCCAAGGAUGUCUUGCUUUGGGGUGAAGAACAAAUGAAGGGUAAACAUGAAUCGCCCAUUGGUCAAGUUUCUGCUUGGUCUUGUAAUAUUGGUGAUGCUGAAUCAGUUGAAUUGACUUUUAAAGCCAUUAAUGAACAUCAUGGCAAGAUUUCUGAUUUGUUGAUCAAUUCUGCUGGGUAUGCUGAAAACUUCCCUGCUGAAGAGUAUCCAGCAAAGAAUGCUGAAUCGAUAAUGAAGGUUAAUGGAUUGGGGGCAUUUUACGUUUCACAAUCAUUCGCUAGACCUUUGAUUGCCGCAAACAAGAAGGGUUCCAUCAUUUUGAUUGGAUCGAUGUCGGGUACUAUUGUCAAUGAUCCACAACCACAAUGUAUGUACAAUAUGUCCAAAGCUGGUGUUAUACAUUUGGUUCGUUCUUUGGCUUGUGAAUGGGCCAAGUAUAAUAUCAGAGUUAACACUUUGAGUCCUGGUUAUAUUUUGACUCCAUUGACGAGAAAUGUUAUUGCCGGUCAUGCUGAUAUGAAGGCUGAAUGGGAAAGCAAGAUUCCAAUGAAGCGUAUGGCUGAACCAAAGGAGUUUGUUGGAUCCAUUUUAUACUUGGCUUCUGAUUCUGCUUCUUCUUAUACUACUGGGCACAAUUUGGUUGUCGAUGGUGGUUACGAAUGUUGGUAA